GAGAACACUCGGAGGAGCCUGUUUUGCGGAGAGCAGAUAACCUGAGAGGGAAGUGUGUGAGGCAAAGUUGUAGUUUUGGAAACAUACGAGACAUCUGAGACAGAUUAUAGGGCAAAGUAUAUUUGCAAAAGCAAAUACGUGAGAGAAAGAGGAAGGAAGAAAAACAGACCCAGAAGGCAAAUGGAUUACAAAGUGACUGUGGCAACAGGUACCUCUGAGUACUCUGGGACCAACAACUACAUAUACAUCACUCUGGUGGGAGAAAAAGGAGAGAGUGAGAAGACUGUUCUCGAUAACCCCGGGUUGGACUUCUGUCGUGGUGCUGUGGAUCAGUACACCGUCACGACUUCAGCCUCACUGGGGCAGUUGCUCCUGGUGCGUCUAGAGAAGCAGCGGUAUUUCAUUGAGGAUAAUUGGUUCUGUCGUUACGUAACAGUAGAGGCACCGGCGGGGGGAGAUGUGCUGAUCUUCCCCUGCUACCGCUGGCUAGUGGGGGAUGUGAAAGUGGAGCUCCGUGAAGGCACAGCUAAGAGGCUGACAGACGACUCUUUGCCUCAAAUGUUGACUCACAGAAAAGCGGAACUUCAGGAGAGACAGAAGGCAUACAGAUGGCAGAUGUGGGCCUCAGGGAUUCCGAAAUGCAUCGAUGCAAAAUCAGAGGCUGAUCUUCCACAGGAUGUUCGAUUUGACAACGAGAAGCGUAGUGACUUUGAGGGAUCACUGCAUUAUGCGCUUCUUGAACUGUCACUGAAGAAGCUGGCUAUUAAAUUUGGAAAGUCUUGGAAUGACCUUGAUGAUUUCAAGCGCAUAUUUUGGAAGCUGAGGAGUCCCAUAGCUGAGUACACCAUGGAUCACUGGAGGGAGGACUGGUUUUUUGGGUAUCAGUUCUUGAAUGGAUGCAAUCCAAGAAUGAUAACGCAGAUCCGGGAGUUACCCUCUAACUUCCGUGUCACUGGAGAUAUGGUGCAGGCCUCUCUGAAACCCAACACCACACUGGAGAAAGAGAUGAAGGCAGGUAAUGUCUAUCUGGUGGACUAUGCCAUAAUGGACAGCAUCCCUACAAACGUUAUCCGGAACCAACGGCAGCACAUAGCUGCCCCUCUGUGUCUGGUGUAUGAACAUCCGGAGCACCGUCUCAUCCCCAUCGCCAUCCAGCUGCUGACACCUCAUUUGAGAUAUACUUUGGAAAUCAACUGCCGAGGCCGCACCCAACUUAUCUCAGCAGAUGGGAUCUUCAAGCGGGUGGUGUCAACUGGGGGAGAUGGCCUACUGGUAUUGGCCCAGCGAGAAUACAAAGUUCUCACCUACCGCUCCCUACAGCCUCCGUGUGACUUUGAGGACCGAGGUGUGACCAAGCUGAAAGGCUACUUCUACAGAGACAACAGCCUGAUGAUCUGGGACGCUAUUCAAAAUUAUGUCACAGGGAUGAUUUCUUUAUACUACCCAAAUGACCAUGAUGUAGUAGAGGAUGCAGAACUGCAGGCCUGGGUAAAGGAUGUGGCUGAGGAGGGCUUUGUAAACGUCCCUCAGUUUGGGUUAUCCUCUGAGCUCAAGACUAAAAAAGAGUUAGUCACUCUGGUCUCAGUGGUCAUCUUCAUCAGCACAGCACAGCAUGCAGCCACCAACAAUGGCCAGUUUGACUGGUGUGCCUGGGUCCCUAACACUCCCUGUACCAUGCGAAGCCCCGCCCCAGAGGACAAGGAUGCCGUUACCAUGGAGUUGAUCAUGGACACCCUGCCAGACAUCAGUCAAUCUUGUGUGGAAAUGGCUAUCACAUGGCACCUUGGUCGUGCACAGCCUGAUGCAAUUCCAAUGGGUCAGUAUGUGGAAGAGUACUUCACCGAACCCAAAGCCAAGAAACUCAUCAAAAACUUUCAGGAAGAUCUUAAAAUCAUUGAGAAGAAGAUCAUUGAACAAAACGAAGGGGUGGAACUGCCAUAUCUCUACCUCUGCCCUAGCCGUAUUGAGAACAGCAUCACAAUAUAGACAUAGGGUGCAUUCAGGGCACCUCGGAAUGACAAGGACCGCCCCCCAUGGCUACUUUGUUUUUCCAACAGCAAGUGUUCAUGUGCUUUGCCAUUAGAAUGUGUGACAAACACGGGUUGCCACAACAAAGGUUAAAACAUACUCAC